AUGGGCGACAUGUUUCGAUUUGGCAGCGUUCCCGCCAACGAAGGCUGGGACCCGCUUGAUCUCGAUACGCUCGACGCCUUCGCCGAGUUUCAACAGCAAAUCACAAGUCGAGACAGUGUACCACCGUCGACAGACUCGGAACAAACGGUCGUGCCACCCUCCAAACUGCGUCGAAGGGCGCAAAACCGUGCCUCGCAACGUGCCUUUCGCGAGCGCAAGGAGAGACACGUCAAGGGUCUGGAAUACCAAUUGGAAACACUGAACGAGAAACACCAGGAUCUUUUGUGCUCGUACAACAAGCAGAGCGACAGUAUCGUCAGACUGAAUCGUAAGAUUGCACAGUUGCAGGCAGACCUAGAUGCUCUCAAGUUCCCCGCUCCGACGGAACAAUCUCCUCCCACUUCUCAUCCCCAUCUCAAUUACCUUCAUCACCGCCACAGAGGGAACGGCCAAAAGGCGAUGCCCGACAAAUUCGAUGCAUUCCCGAACGCCUCCAGUCCCGCCCCCGCUCUCUACGACGGUUACGAGCUAGGGCCGGAUGGGACUGUCGUCAAUGCUAUCGAGACCUCAAACGCGGGGGACACAAACCAGACGAAUCGAACAUUGCCAGAGUUUGAAGAUCUGCUUCGUAUGCCGUGA